AUGGAAGACAGGUAUAUUUAUGAUGAAACUAAGGAAUCAUUUAUAAAAAAAGAUCAUAUGGAUGUGGAAUCAAUACUUUAUAUUAACCCAUUAAUUUAACUAUUAAUUUAUUAAAUGAAUAAUCCAUUCAACCAUUAUCAUUGUUAUAAAUAUUUAGUAUUUUCUUAUGGCAUUAAGAUGAAAGUACUAUUUAUGUUUUAUUUACUAUGUUUAUGCUUUAUUGUUAAUUCUGUUCGGCAAUCUAAAAUAGAAUAACCAUAAUGCAAAAUAUAAGAGAUAUUUACUAAAAUCCUUGUAUAUCAAAGAGAAGCAUAAAUCUAAUGUUAUUUUUUGUGGAAGUGAAAUUAUACAACUAAAAGGUAAUACAAAAUAUCCAUCUUAUAUCAAUAAUGAUGAAAAUUUAUCUGAGUGUUUAGGUUUAGUAUUAAGAACAGGAUUUUCUACUGCAAAAGGAAAAUUUAUGAAAACUAUGCUCUACAAUAACUAAGAUGUAAAUAGAAAAUAAAUAGGUGAACUAUUUAUUGCAUUAUUCUUACUUAUUUUUGCUUCCAUUGCAAAUGCUUAUAUCAUCAUUAAUUGGUUCUAAGAAGACUCUCGAAACAAAUAUUACCUAUUCAUUAGAUGCUUAUUAAUUAUUACUACUGUUGUUCCAUUUUUAUUGCCUAUGAUGUUAUCUAUAACUGUAUAACAUGAUAAUAAUAAGACAUACAUUUUAGAAUUUUUUGAUAAUAAUUAUGUAUUUGUUGAGUAUGGAACCAAUAAUAAAACUGUAUUGAAUAAUGUAGAAUAGGAGAUUAAAUUAUUUUAAUGA